AUGACUAACACACUCUAUGCGCUCUAUCUCUAUAGACUCCCUGAGAUCUCGGACGCCUUGUCUUUUGUCCGGGAGAUCCUUCAGCAGCUGACCAAUCAGAGAGCUUCUAUCGACGAGGACAUCCAAUCGAGUUUCGAGGAUCUUCACAAGCAGCUGGACGUCAGAAAGAGCGUCCUGCUGAUGGAGCUGGAGGUCACCUACGGCCUGAAGCAGAAGGUGCUCCAGGCCCAGGUGGAGAGCCUGGUCCUGGGGGAGGGGGCCCUCUCGGCCUCCCUCUCCCAGGCGGAGGAGGCCCUCUCUGGGGAGGCGUGUGCCGCCGGGCUGCAGGCGGAGCAGCAGCUGCAGCAGAGACUCGGGGAUCUGACCGGCCUCCGCCUGACCUGUGAGCCGCAGGAGAACGACCAGCUGGACCUCAUCCUGGAGACCGACGGCAUGCGCAAGAGCAUCCACAACCUGGGCACCAUCGUCACCACCAGCGCGGUGGCGAGCCAGAGCGAGGCCAUGGGCGCCGGUUUGGAGCAGUGCAUUGUGGGACAUCCUGCCUCGGUGACCAUUGUGACGAGAGACAAGUCGGGGGGAGCAUGCAAGAGCGGAAACGCCAUCAUGUCCGCCGAGGUCUUCACCCCGGACGGCAGCAUCGUGGACGGGGAGAUUUUGGACCACAAGAAUGGGACAUACGAGUUUGUUUACACGGUGCCGAAGGAGGGUGACUUCUCAUUGGCUCUCCGUCUGUACGACCAGCAUAUCAAAGGAAGCCCCUUCAGGCUGAACGUCAACAAGUUCCUGGAGGCCGAUGUGGAGGUGUCCCCCUCCACCACCACAGCCACCAACUCUGCAGCCUACGCCACCCCCUCCACGGGCUCCUCUGAGGGGGCAAAGAGACGAGGGAAGUCCCCCGGCCAGAAGAAGAAGGGCUCCAAGAGGGCGAGCAGCGCCUUGGGGACCCCGAGACGCAAGACCCAGAACCCCAUUGAGGACGACCUGAUCUUCAGGAUCGGAUCGAAGGGGAGGAAUAAAGGAGAGUUCACCAACCUGCAAGGAGUGGCUGCUUCCUCCAGUGGCAGGAUACUGAUAGCUGACAGCAACAAUCAGUGUGUCCAGAUUUUCUCCAAUGAGGGGGAAUUUAAGAGUCGUUUCGGUGUUCGGGGGCGCUCUCCAGGCCAGCUGCAGCGUCCCACCGGCGUGGCCGUGCAUCCCACCGGUGAUAUCAUCAUCGCCGACUACGACAACAAGUGGGUCAGCAUCUUCUCCAGCGAGGGGAAGUACAAGACAAAGCUUGGCUCCGGUAGACUGAUGGGGCCAAAGGGCGUGACGGUGGACCAGGAAGGUCACGUGAUCGUGGUUGACAACAAAGCGUGCACCGUCUUCAUCUUCCAGCUGACCGGCAAGCUCGUCUCCAAGUUCGGAAGUCGAGGAAACGGUGACAAGCAGUUUGCAGGUCCGCACUUUGCAGCAGUGAACAAGAACAACGAGAUCAUCGUGACUGACUUCCACAACCACUCUGUGAAGGUUUUCACUCCGGAGGGCGAGCUGGUGAUGAAAUUUGGCUCUAAUGGUGAGGGAAACGGCCAGUUCAACGCUCCCACUGGUGUAGCCGUGGACGUCAAUGGGAACAUCAUCGUAGCCGACUGGGGAAACAGCAGAAUACAGGUGUUUGACGGUAGCGGAUCCUUUCUAUCCUACAUCAACACGUCCGCGGACCCUCUGUACGGACCCCAGGGUCUGGCUUUGACCUCAGACGGACAUGUGGUCGUGGCAGACUCUGGAAACCACUGCUUCAAAGUCUAUCGCUACCUGCAAUAAUGGAGGAUUGGAGGAAAGGCGGUUGGAGGGAGUGGUUGUUGGAGUGAAGGGAGAUGGUGCACGUCGUCACAUUUCUAGGAAUAAUUGCAUGAACCUCUACCAUCACAUUGGAACAAGGGAUGGGUAUGAAAAAGGAAGAAGCAAAGAAGAAGGAUUACCCAUCAUUACAUCAACAGACCACAACGAAACUUUGAUCUAGUUUUCUCAUCUUUAAAGAUUAGGAUAAAGUUCCAUCAUCAGCUAUCGUGUGAAACGGUGAAUCACAGAUAACGGUGGGACAACGAUUGGUCUUUGAACUACAUAUCCCUAACGUUUGAAGACAGAUGAAGACAGAGGGGAAAUGGAAAGAUGGUGGAUUCAAGGGUUUGCUGCCCUCGUGCAACAUCGGGAAAUAUCUUAGAAUCACGCAGGAUGGAGUAAAAACAGUUAUGCAAAAACUGAUUCAGGAUGUCACUCUCUAUAAGUCCCUCUUUCUCCCAGGGGGCAUUAUUAGAAAAGGAAAAUGGAGGAAGAACAAAGACAGGUUGCAAGAGGAGGUGAAAAACGUACUUGGAAACCACAACUUCCUAAACCCAAAAAUAGGAGAAGAGGAUCAAAGAAGUAUCAAAGGUGUGAGUGUAUAAAUAAAGGCCUCUGUGUUGAAGGGAAUUGAUCGGAAGAUGAAAGGUGUUCUAAUGUUCUGCCUUGUUAUGUAUGCAAUAGACAAAUGAUAGCCGCUAAGCUAAAAGAGGUCUACGUCUUAGUUUGACAUUCAGGUCAUUACCACACAUGAACAAAACGGUUCUGACGCUGUCGAUUACAUUUGGGAAUCAACUCUAACAUGUUGAAGCUACUAUUAGCUAGCAACUUUUAGAGCUUGUCCGGUCGCCCUUGAGCAAAUUACUUCCAGCAGAAAAAGACUAGUGAACGUUAAAAUCCGUAAAUAUGCAACAAGAAAUCAC